GAGGGAGAGAGAGCUGAGAAACUGAUAAUAUGCGAAAGUGUAUAUAUAUCGUCACCUUCGCCGAUCACGUUUAUGGAUGGUAAGUUCCACUUGUUACGCUGCUCCCAGAAACACCUAGCAAACGUCCGAACAAUCCAAACGAACCGAUCAUGUCAACUAAGAACGAAAAAAUUGGAAUUAUUGGCAGCGGUUUAAUCGGACGAAGCUGGGCGAUGCUUUUCGCCAGCGUGGGAUAUCAGGUGACUAUUUACGACAUAGUCCAGGACCAAAUUAAGAACGCAUUGGAGGACAUCCGUCAGCAGUUGAAACGCCUCGAAGCUGACGGUCUUCUUCGAGGCUCGCUGAAGGCGGACCAACAAUUUCAACUGAUAAAAGGGUCGUCCGAUUUAGCAGAGAGCGUGAAAGGGGCCAAGUUGGUACAGGAAUGUGUACCAGAAAAUCUGUCGCUGAAGCUGAAGCUUUACGCUGAUCUCGACAAGGUCGUCGACGACAAAGUGAUCUUGUCCUCGUCGACGUCCACGUUCCGUCCGUCUCUCUUCAGCGAGAAACUUAAACACCGCGACCAGAUCAUAGUCUCCCAUCCCGUAAAUCCUCCUUACUACGUACCGCUUGUGGAAAUAGUCCCAGCUCCGUGGACACGUCCCGAUAUUCCCGAGAAGACGAAAGCUAUCAUGACCGAGAUCGGUCAGAAGCCUGUUGUCUUCAGCAGAGAGAUCGACGGUUUCGCACUCAACAGGAUACAGUACGCGAUCUUAAACGAAGCUUGGAGACUUGUAGCCGAUGGAGUGCUGAGCGCGAAAGACGUCGACGCCGUGAUGAGCGAAGGUCUUGGAAUGCGCUACGCUUUUCUCGGUGCCUUUGAGGCCGCGCAUUUGAACGCCGAAGGAAUGAAGAAGUAUUGUGAGACGUAUAACAAGUCGAUUUACGACGUGAGCAUGACCUUCGGACCAACGCCGAAAUUUGUAGGCGAAAUGGCAGAGAAGAUUAGCAACGAGUUGAACGAGAUGUGUCCGCUCGACAAGUUGCAAGAACGACGAGCGUGGCGAGACACCGCCUUGACGAAGUUGUCUAUACUCAAGAAAGAAUUAGAGCAGAUAAAAAAGUAAACGUGAAUAUUUCGCACACCAAUCUUUUGCGAAGGUCUUUUUUAAAUUCAUUGCAUAGAGAGAACAAUUUUAAAUUUUGCGUGACGCGAUCUCGUUCUGAACAUUGGUUUUAGGAAAAAGAUAAAAUGUUAUUUGGAACUUAGGAGUUGGAUGCGAUUUGUACACACUUGUACAUACAAUACGCAUUUGUAUAUACAACACAGUUACACGUUGUUUGUUUGUGAAAUAUAAAAAAAAUUCAAGCGCUA